GUGUGGCUUUUAUUUUGAAAUAUAACCGGAUAAGGUGCGUUUAAUUCCGUUCCACUUGACACCGGUCAGAGCAAGAGGCAAGUCGCAGUCCUGUAGCCUGCACUGUACUGCUUGCGCCAUCCAGGCGGGUAGCGAUGUGAAUGUGUGGCUGCUGCUUUAUCCCGGACCCCCCGCGUCACGGUCUUGGGAUGGAACGAAGGAGAGCAGAACCAGACACCGGCACCAACCCAGUGUCCUUGUACGGGGAAUACACGGUCAAUGGUAACCGAAAAGUCAGGUGUGCUCUGAGUUUGACCGACAGAGACCUCCUCGUCCAGCGGCUCACUUCGACACCUGUCGGGCGGAACAAGGUGGUGCUCAGCCUGGAGGACUGCGUCGGCUGCCGUGCUUACCGGGAAGAUGACACCGCGGACCCGGCAGCGUACUUCGCAGCCUACUUCUACCCGCUGAAGCGGCGCUGGAUGAGUUCCGGGGUGUACCGGCAGAGAGUGGAGCAGUGCUUUCGGUUCGACGCGCUGCAGGACCCGCGCGCCAACCUGGAGGAAGCGGAGAAGUGGGCUCGCGCUGUCCAAGAACGCUCUGCCCGGCAACAGUACCUAAGAGAAGGGGUGUUGAUGAGCAAGUUGCCUCGUCCGUGCCGGAUGAUGCUGCUGGUGAACCCACAGAGCGGGAAUGGACAGGCACUCAUGCUCUACAACAACCACAUCCAACGAAUGCUCAAUGAGGCGGGAGUCCCAUACACUCUGUUUAUCACCGAGCGGCAAAACCACGCCCGAGAGCUCGUGAGGGAGGCCGAUCUGUCACAGUGGGACGCUUUAGUCAUCAUAUCUGGAGACGGACUUCUGUUUGAGGUGAUAAAUGGUCUGUUGGAGAGACCAGACUGGGAGGAGGCCAUUCGGACCCCAUUGGGUAUUCUUCCUGGUGGAUCAGGCAACGCCUUGGCUGCAUCCAUCCAUAACUACUCUGGCUGUGAGCCCUCUGACAGCUCCCAGGUCUGUGCCAAGUCAUGGAAAGCCUCGCCGGUGUGCAGUGAGGAGCUCCUGGUCAGCUGUGGUUUCCUUCUCUGCAAAGGGCUCGUGUCCCGUAUGGACCUGGUCUCCAUCCAUCUCUCCUCCAGCCCUCGUCUCUUCUCCUUCCUCUCGCUGGCCUGGGGCUUUGUAGCGGACGUGGACAUAGAGAGCGAGAAGUAUCGCCACGUCGGCGCUGCUCGGUUCACCAUUGGCACACUGGUGAGGCUGGCUUGUCUCCGUGUCUACAGGGGCAAGCUGGCCUACCUGCCCGCCACAGAGGGCCACAACAACGACGGGGGUUUGAGAAAUAACAUGACACCGCACUGCAAUAAUCAGGCCUCCUCCCUGGGUCCAGCCCCCCUGCUGGGUCACCCGUCCAGAGACUCUCCCUGCCAGAACACCUUUCACAACUCCUGCCACUCCAACAACUCCCUCAAAGGGAGGACGACAGAGAGUGCGCCUUCUCGGAGCGCCACCAAAUCCCUCACCGGCCCGCCUGACUCACUGCUGCUGCCUCUGGACCAGCCGCUGCCCGACAACUGGGUGGUGGUGCAGGAGGAAGACUUUGUCCUGGUGCUGGCCAUGUACCAGUCCCACCUGGCGGAGGACCUGCUGGCGGCACCAGACGCCACAUUGGACGAUGGCCUCAUCCAUCUUCUCUACGUUAGGGCGGGAAUAUCACGCGCUGCGCUGCUGAGGCUGUUCCUAGCUAUGGAGAAGGGCGCACAUCUGGCUACUAACUGUCAACAUCUGGUGUACACUAAAGUGCGGGCACUCAGGCUGCAGCCUUAUUCACCUAAAGGGAUAAUCACCGUCGACGGAGAAGUGGUGGAAUAUGGGCCGUUGCAAGCGGAGACACACAGAGGCCUGGCGAGAUUAAUCACUGGAUGAACUGAGCAAACAUCUCUGCUGUUAAGGCCCAAUAAAAACAUUUUCACAAU